UAUAUAAAAAUAAAGAAGCCCAACCCAAAUAUAAAAGGAAAACCCUAAUGCACUCUCCCUUUGAACGGUCACACAGAGAACAGAUUUAGGCCUCCCUCACUCCUUCACCGCACCUAAGCCAGAACCAGAGCUCUUCUCUUUCUCUGCCGCCAUGGGUAAGACACGUGGUACGGUAGCUGGCCGCAAGCUGAAGAGCCACCGUAUCAAGCAAAGGUGGGCUGACAAAUCGUACAAGAAGUCUCACCUUGGUAACGAAUGGAAGAAGCCAUUUGCCGGUUCCUCCCACGCAAAGGGCAUUGUCCUUGAGAAGAUCGGUAUCGAAGCUAAGCAGCCUAACUCUGCUAUUAGAAAGUGCGCUAGAGUUCAACUUAUUAAAAAUGGCAAGAAGAUUGCUGCCUUCGUCCCCAACGAUGGUUGCUUAAACUACAUCGAAGAGAAUGAUGAGGUUUUGAUUGCCGGAUUCGGAAGAAAGGGUCAUGCUGUGGGAGAUAUUCCCGGAGUUAGGUUCAAGGUUGUGAAAGUCUCUGGAGUGUCUCUCUUGGCUCUUUUCAAGGAGAAGAAGGAGAAGCCUAGAUCCUAAGUUAUCAUAGAUGUUUUUAACCCAAAAAUCGUAGUUGUUGUUCUAGUUAUCUGAUGAAAUUGUGUGAUGAAUUUUUGAUAUAUGGUUGUUGGGUUGAAUUCAGUAAUGCCCCUUUUUUGAGUCGUUUGUUUAUCCAGUUACAUGUGCUUUAUGAUUAUGUUCUCAUUCAUUA